CCCGCAUCCACUCAGGUGCCCCCUCCCGUCCGUCCCCCCCACCCUCCCUCGGCCCCCCCCGGUACGCUCCACCUGCAUUCAGGUAGAGCGCUCGUGCACCAGACGGUCCCGACCACAGUUCGGUCCAGAGCGCCGACUCCAGUCUCUCCGUCCGCCCAGGAAUGAGAGAGGAUGGCCGGCUCUAUAGCAGAGGAGAAAACCUUCCGACGGUUCCUGGAGCUCUUCCUCCGGGAGAUGAGGAUGCCCCUGCAGGAGAGCGACCCGCCGCCGAUGCGCCCCUUGUCGGACCAGGUGGGCGACGACGAAGUGGAGGGGGAAUGCCUGGACCUGUGUCUCCAGCACCUUUACAAAUAUAACUGCCCCUGCUCCCUGGCUGCAGCGCUGGCCAGAGCCACAGCCGACAGCCUCCUGCAGACCGACUUCUCCGUCUACCACCUCAACACGGCGGUGGAGGAAGGAGUUGAUCCGCUACCACAGAUGGAGUCGGUGAAGCUGGCCUGGCUGGUGUUCAACAGGCUCUUUGAGAUUUGCCGCCAGUGGCUGAAGGAGCUUCCGUACCGCCGGCGCCCACAGCCGUACUACGAGACCUCCAUCCACGCCAUCAAGAACAUGAGGCGCAAGAUGGAGGACAAGCACGUCAUCAUCCCCGACUUCAACUCGCUCUUCAACGUUCAGGAUCAGGAGGAACAGGCCUACUUCGGGGUGUUCGACGGCCACGGCGGCGUGGACGCUGCCAACUACGCCGCCAACCACCUCCACGUCAACUUGGUGCAGCAGGAAAGCUUCAACCAGGACCCGAUCGCGGCGCUCUGCGGAGCCUUCAAGGUCACCGACGAGCGCUUUGUGAAGAAGGCCCGCAGAGAGCACGUGCGUUGCGGCACGACGGGCGUGGUGACCUUCCUGCGCGGCCGGACCCUGUACGUGGCCUGGCUGGGCGACUCGCAGGUCAUCCUGGUCAGGAAAGGACAAGUGGUGGAGCUGAUGAAGCCACACAAACCGGACAGAGAGGAUGAGAAGCAGCGGAUCGAGGCUCUGGGAGGCUGCGUCAUCUGGUUCGGCACCUGGAGGGUUAACGGCAGCCUGUCGGUAUCCAGAGCCAUCGGCGACUCGGAGCACAAGCCGUACAUCUGCUGCGACGCGGACCACGACGUCUUCCCAUUGGACGGCUCCGAGGACUACCUGAUCCUGGCCUGCGACGGCUUCUGGGACACGGUGAACCCCGACGAGGCGGUGAACGUGGUCAGCGACCACCUGGAGGAGAACACCGGGGACACCACCAUGGUGGCCCACAAGCUGGUGGCCUCGGCGCGCGACGCGGGCUCCAGCGACAACAUCACCGUCAUCGUGGUCUUCCUGCGGGACCCGCGCUCGCCGCCCCCCACCGGCCUGGAGGAGGAGGAGGAGGGCGCGGCGGAGGUGGGGCGGGUGGAGGAGGACGCCGCGGAGGCAGAGGAGGAGGGCCGGGAAGAGGAGGAGGAGGACGACGACGUCAGGGCGGAGCGCGAAGUCGGCGAGGGGGGCAGCACUGCGGACAUCGGGGGCAAGGGGCGCGGCGGGUGGCCCCUGCAGCAGUGCUCGGCCCCCGCCGACCUCAGCUACGAAGACCGGACGGACUCGCUCACGGACAGGACCAGCCUCGGCCUGAUGGGGCCGUCGCUGGAGGGCCGCAUCUCCCUGUUCUCAAGGCGACCCCGCUCCGACCUCGGGCCCGACCUCUGCACGGCCUCCCGCAUCUACCGAGAAGAUCGCCCCCCCAGGCGCAGGUUCUGGGGCCCCUUCCAGGAGCCCGGCGCCUCCAGCUUCACAGACCCGCUGUGGCCCCGGGCGGCCGCCACGUCGUUCACUCCGCCGCUGUGGCAGGGCCGCCGGCCUGGUCCCGGUAGUCGCCGGCGUGUCCGGAGGAGGCCAGGCGCCUCCAAGAAGCUGCUCGGCCUGCUACCGUCCGGCCAGCUGCUGCCGGACACGCUGCGCCACUCCGACCGGAUCCCCGGAGUGGCGGCGCCUCACCUGCCCCACGGUACCGCCAUCUGAAAAAGAGGUGACCCCCCACAACCACAACCCAUCUCCUCCAUUCGUCCGGUCCCGCCCUGACCCGGCUCGGCCUUCCACCAGGCGCCUGUCUCCGAUAGGCCGUCGUGGCUCCUGCAGACAUUAUCUGUUGAUUGAAUUUCAAACUAAAACCCACUGUAGGUAAAGAGAAAAAAAAUCUCCAUUAUGAGCACUGAUCAGAUGACAUGAAGGCAGAGCUGGAGAUUUAAUUCAUAUGGUGGGCUGAGAGGUUGUUUUCGGGGACAUGCCGUGAGACGGAUCUCAUUGCUUAUUUAUCUUAUAUGUACAGAUACAAUCAAAUUAUAAAUUGUAUAAAUAAAAUUACAAUAAUGAGAUGUAACCUCCUCCAAGAGAGAAUAUGUGAUGUUUCAGAUAGUAAAUCAGACUUGAGUGCUCCCUCGGUUUUGAAUAUACACAAACAUGUUUUCGCCAUUCCUUACUAGAUGAUCAGUACAGAUAAUAAUAAUAUAUAAUAUAGAGCCAAAGUCUGUUAAAGCGAAAACAACCGGUUGGUUUUUAGUGAAAAAAGUGUUCUUAACCCCCCUCCUUUAGUUUCAGUGACCUCGGCAUCCUACAGCCGCAGUUUGUCAGCAGAUAAAAGCCCUUAACACCAGAUUAUAAAAGAUUAGCGGUCACUUACCUGAAUAAAGGCUCCAUGGAGUCCAGUGUUCCAGAUGUUGAUACAAGUGUAUUCCCAUCAGAAGGCUGAGUGGACAGGUAUUAAAAAAUAUAUUUUUGUUGUUGUCCCACAGAACUAUUUGAAAGGACUGCAAUGGUAUUUACUUUUACACAAAACCCAUGAAGUGAUUUCCAGCAGGCUCGUUCAAUGGGAAAUAUUUAAUAAUGAGCAAAAAUAGUUGCUGUAGAACACGUGCCUCCAGAUGCGAAGAUCCUUUACUCACAUGUUCAAUGCUUAUUAAAACCAUUUGUUAAUAUUAACCAGUAAGGACAACAGUUUGGUGCCGUCUUCUUGGAGGAGAAGCUUGAUACCACUCACGUGUCAAAGUUAUGGUCAAGAAAGAAAAUGUAUAUACUUCCCUACAUGUCCUUAAGUUUCACAACCAAUACAAUACAAAUAACUCUGUAGAUAAAAUGAUGGUGUUAACAACAGCAAACAUCGCAGUCAUCAGUUAUGUUCAAGUCUUGGCUUGGGCAUGGAGGUCAGUCCCAACAUUCAUUCAUUGGUUUCUUAUUCCCGUCAACACAAAAUAAGUUUCUCUUAAACGCUAAUUCAAAAUCACAAUUAACAAAUGUAAUCAUCAAAUAAUACUGAUAAUACUACUAAUAAUAGCACCCUUAUUAACUUGCUGAGACCGACUUGUGCUUGAAAUAUAAACACUAGUUAACCAUACUUAUUGACUAAACUAGCUUUACUAAACACUUCCUAUGAAGCUAUUAAAAUCGAAGGGAAUCCCACGUUAACCCAAAAGUAACUAACUUUUGAUUGUCCCUUCCAAAGUACUUAACGAUGCUUUGGUUGCCUCCUAAUGUAUAUUUUAGUUUGUUGACUGUUCUCUUAACCCCCCCACUGGUGAUUUAUUUUGCCAUGGCUGUCUUUGCCAACUGUUAUUACCAGAUUUGUAGUAAUCAUUGUUGAAACAUUGAAUUCUCUUAUUUUUGGCGGCCAAAACAUCUGUCGCUAGCAUAUUUCUAUCUUAGCUAGGUAGUUAAUUACCGUUAGCGGCAAGAGUUGGUUUAAAACCUUUUUUUUGUUCCGCUUGAAACAUGAACCCUGUAUGAGGAGUCUCAAAUAUGCCUUUGUUAGCGACUGUUUUUGACAUAACAAUAUGAGAACGGCGGUAAAGCCACAUGUGUAAUUUACAAAAAAUGCUUUGAUUGCUUCUUAAUGCUAGCUGUGAAAACGUCCUCGCUAUCCGAGUUGUUUGGCGAGCGUAAAGUCUUAGCCUAAGAUUGGACCGAGCUUGCUAGAGCUCAGACCUCCACAAGUCUGAGAGGAGAUGCUAACGUUAACUGAGAUACCCUCCGUAGCCUCCGGUAGAUGCUAACGUUAACUGAGAUACCCUCCGUAGCCUCCGGUAGAUGCUAACGUUAAACUGAGAUACCCUCCGUAGCCUCCGGUAGAUGCUAACGUUAAACUGAGAUACCCUUCGUAGCCUCCGGUACCGGUUGGGUGAAUACUUCCCAUCAGAAGGGUUUGGAGCCUUUCCUUGUUGUUUACAGAUCGGCCAUUUUUGACGCUUCAAAUCGUACCCCAAACAUUCCCUCACAUAAUCACUCCCCAAUUCUUUGGUUUGCGCAGGUACAAACGCGAGGUCGUGUAGUGAGGGCGUUAUGGCGACUAUCGAACAUGCGACUCCCCAGACAAUCAGGCCCCGAAACCAACUUGACUGAGCAGAACGUUGCUCGUGUGUCCCCGGGUGUGUUUUCUUUGGGGUGUCUUAGCAUCUCAGCUAUGAGGGAAUGUGCCACUCAACAAACUAAAGCCGCCAGAUCCCCUUUGUUGAAGUGUUGUUGGCCGAUACCCCGAGAAGUUCACAAGUUGUUGUUGUGUUCCCGUUGUGAGUUGAGGGAACGCUGGGGGAGUAUAUAAAAUAGCUAUGUCUCAUAAAUCAAUGGUUUUGAUUCAUGGUUCCCGAGGCCCGACAGUUGGGACACCCCCUGACCGGAUUGAGGCGCAGGUGGAGGAUGUCGUAUGACAUCGCUUAGUUGGCGCUGCCGCUGCCUUGAAGAGCUGCCAACACAAAUGUAGAAGGUGUUGAACAGGUCGGCCGUUCACUGGCAGAGUUGUAGUGUACUUCUGUGGCCUAGCUGCCGUUUCAUCGCCCCCCCCCUGACAGGAACAAAGAAACCUGGGGGAAAAAUAUACAAGAAUAUGUUGAUUAUUAAAUGUUGGCUUCAACUACUACGUCUUCGACCUGCAGCUGCCAAUUUAAAUGUUUAUUAAUCAGCUACAGCCUUAAAAAGGACGCCGAUCAGAUUUGAGUUUGUAGGGUCACGUUCCAGUUCAGCUGGGGGGAGUAGCUCGGCGGUUAGAGGAGAGUAACCCCCCCAGGACGGAGCUUCCGCCUGACCUCUUUUGCGUGACACAUUUGAUGUUUUACAGCCCACACGGAGCAGCGAACUCCAGAGAAAAUCCUCACGGGUUCCCGUUAUGAAGGCAAAGUUUCCUCAUGUCAGGAGAGUGAUUAAAUACGUUAAAGGGUACUUGGACUUUUCUUCCUUAUGACAACUUGGUAUUUUGUUAAUAUAACCAGAUAUUUUCUCAUUAUGAAGAUAUUCCUGAUUUUGUUAUUGUUUUUGUUAUAACAAAAUACUUAUUAUCUAUGUUAUUACAACAUCUUGGUACUAUAUUCAGAUUAAAACAAGGUACUUUGUCAUUAUAACAUAACCUCUUAUGAUAGGCUGAUAUUGUUCUGAAAGGAUAGAUUUCUCCCUUAGAGGUGUUUUUUCCUCCUGUAAAUGGCGGCGGUGGAUUGGAGCGUGUUGUACUUGUACUCACACCUCAGAGCAGCUGUGCAGUACUUUCCUGUCCUGAUUCUCUGAGUCUCGCAGCGGGUCUUUGGGGAUUUGUGAAUCAUUCUCUGCGCUCUGGAGGGAAAAGGAGAACCAUGGCAGUGACAGGGAUCCAUGGGUUGCAUUCAACCAAAAAGAAGGAAAAAAACUGUAAAUGGGUCACACAGUGUGACUCGUCAUAUUGCAAAAAAAAAAAAAAAA